AUCGAAAUGCCCUUUUCUUCUUCUUCUUCUUCUUCUUCCUCCUCCUCCCUCACCGCACUCACUUGAAUCCUUCUCUGCUUUGAUACCUGAAUGCCACUCUCGCUGCAACGUUGCUUUUGCUUGCUUUGCCAAGUACCACGGAACUUAUUCUUAUACGACAUCAUACCUCACGAACAGUUGUGCCGCGAGCUGACCGCAGAUGUCUGUUCCUCUAGGGGUCUUCGCUUUCCCGGCGGCCGCUGAGAAACGCUCUGAUCAGAGUAGUGUAAAGUCUACCAAGCAGAAGAAAGACGGCCAUCAUCCGUCGACCUCGACCUCAGACACCCAGUCUGCUGCAGGUCGGUCCUUGGAUCGGAGCAGAUCAGGACUGAAGACCAGAUCGGUCAAGAAGCAGUCCACUCCAUUGUCUUCUCGCUCGUGGGUAGCUGCAUUUACACGAGAGAGAAAGCAGCCUUCGCGGUCCAGGUCUGAUCCUGUGGUGCCUCGUGCCUUCUCUACAUCGACUGCUGGAUCUUCACCGCACGAUUCUUUUGACCUGUCGACCACACCACUACUUCCAAAAGAGUAUUCCUACGUUCCUUCCGAAUCGGAGCCGAGUUCUGGGUCCUUCACAUACUCGAUUCCGAGCAGUACUGCCCCAUCGCCCACGACUGCGUCUGCAUGCCUGCCCUCGCAUCCCGCUAGCCCUCGAUCCACGCCGCGGCAUGUACCAAUAAAGAUACCCUAUUGUCCGGACUGGGGCACUCCAACAAAGACGAAGUGCGACACGACCCUGCCAAGGAAACUGUCUUUCCACCAAUUACCGCCAUUGGCACUCUCGCCCAUACCACCCAUAUCGCCUUUCACCAUGUCUUCGACGACGCCGGAAUCAAGUCGGGCCAAUACUAUGGACUCCAGUGUGUCUCGUCCCACUUCAGGACAACUAUACCCUAACAGUCAGAAUGGUUCGCAUGCAAACAUCAGCGCUCACAGCAGCCAGGUGAGCCUGGUUGGCAUGCGAUCAGAGUACGAGUCUGCUUCCGAGGCUGAAUCCACCCAUGGCGACGAUAAUGGACCUAGUCAACACACUCCUUCACAAUCCAUCAGCUCAGCAAACCCACAAACCACAUCCUCCCCAGCCAACCCGGCUGGACUUUCAGGCUUGGUGUGCAAUGUACAUCGCACCACGGGACGGGAGCCGCAUCCUCUCGUUGGCGCGACCACAACGGUACUGGGAGAUAAGCUGUACGUGUUCGGCGGGCGACGACUCUCACGAACGAAGCCACAGUUGACCGCCAAUCUCUACGAGCUGGACCUCAUACGUCGCCAUUGGACGAAGCUGGAUACUACUGGCGACAUUCCACCACCUCGCUAUUUCCACAGCGUAUGUGCACUUGGUGACACCAAGCUGGUAUGCUAUGGCGGCAUGUCACCCGCGCCUCCGCAAGACCCAGCUGCAGAGGCACAGCCCGAAGUCAUUGUGAUGUCUGACGUUCAUAUUUAUGAUGUGCCGAGUCAGACAUGGACAAAGCUCAAUACGCCCGACGCGCCACAGGGACGUUACGCCCACUGCGCCUCGAUACUACCAUCAGCAGCAGUGUUCGCCUCAAAGGACGCGCCAAUGUCUGCCGUACACCACAAUCCCGCAAGUGAUAAGCCUAAUGAGGGAUCGCUUGGUGUCCACCUCGACGGUACCGGUGGAGCAGAAAUGGUCGUGGUGGGAGGUCAAGAUAGCGCAAAUCACUACAUUGAACAAGUGAGCAUCUUUAAUCUGCGAAGUCUGAAAUGGACGGGCACCACAGGAAUGGGUCGUAGCUGCGGUGCCUACCGCAGUGUUGUGACACCAUUGACCACGAUGAGUGCGAGCCAAAUCGGCGCUGGACCUCACGCGCACAGCGAGCUCGAAGAAGACGAUGAAGAGCCCACUACCAUUGGAUCAGGAUCGCCAAUGCUGAUCUAUUCCAACUACAAUUUCCUUGACGUGAAGCUGGAGCUCCAAGUCCGUCUCCCCGACGGAACGCUCACAGAGAAGCCUAUGCAGACGGCUGUGUCACCGCCGGGCCUUCGAUUUCCAAAUGGCGGCGUCAUCGACAAUCAUUUCGUGGUAUCGGGCACGUUCCUCACAUCAUCGAAGCAAGAGUACGCGCUGUGGGCGCUAGAUUUGCGCACCCUCACGUGGAGCCGCAUCGAUGUUGGCGGCAGCAUCUUCAGUCAGGGCAGUUGGAAUCGUGGUGUGCUCUGGGCUCGACACAAUGCAUUUGUGAUUUUGGGCAAUCGCAAGCGCAGCCUCGUGGAUGAUUAUAACAAUCGUCGUAUCAACUUCUCCAACAUCUGCGUUGUUGAGCUGGAGGCAUUCGGCCUAUACGACAAUCCGCGCGUAGCUGAGCCCACAUCUUCUUACACAUCGGCAAGCGCUAUACCCAGCGUACUUCCUCAACCACUACCGCCCUCCAAAGAUGACGCUGCCUUCUGCCGCUUGCUCUCAUCUGCAGCGGAAGAUAUUGGUGCGCUCGCACUCAAUGUGCGCGAGCUUGCCGAUAUGGACUUUCUCGCCAUCGAUGGCACACGGGUGCCUGUCAAUUCACGUUUGAUCUCUCGGCGAUGGGGACCGCACUUCAUCACUCUGCUGAGAGAGUCUUUGAUGUCAGCUGAAAAUGGAGCAGACACUGCCACACUGCGGCCAAACGCUGCAGGACAUCCUUCGCGAAACUCCAGCAUUACCAUCACGCCUUCGCUGACCUCCACAAUGUCGGGCACAACCACACUGACCAACAAUAGUCUGGCGACCGACACAAGUCUUCCAGAUACGCGAACAGCACCCCCUGCGACGCGACCGAGAUUGCUAUAUCUUCCACAUACGGCACCAACGCUGCAUGCCCUGUUACACUACCUGUACAUCUCCACACUCCCCUCGCCACCACAUCCGCUAGCGACGCCACAAAUCUUUUGCUCGCUCCUGCAGCUUGCACGACCAUACAAGAUUGAUGGUCUGCAGGAGGCCACAAUCGAACGCUUGCACCAAUGCCUUGACGGCCGAAAUGCUGCAGCAAUUUUCAAUGCUGCAGCCAUGGGCGCAGGAGGAGGGGACAGCAUCCAUUUCGCAACCAAUACGCGCUCCAUUCCCAGGAGCGACAUCCCGGUCCGAACAGCUAGUCUCGCUGGUCUGGAGGGUUUGCUCAACGGCAGCCAGAGUGCCAAUCCUCGCUCAUUGUCUAGCUUGCGCAUCGACACCGAUAUGGCGAAUGGUCGCAGUGUUCGUAACACGUUGAGACCUGGGCCACGCGCUGCAGCCGAUGAUACAGAUGAAGAGCCCAUGAGUGCGGUCUCGACUACCAGCAUGAGUGAGAGCGAGAUCUUCGCGCAUAGCAGCAAAGAAGUGCAGGAUGUGUGGAACGGUGCACUGAGUUCAGUCGUUGGACUGCAGAAGCGUGGGUUGAGAGGAUUGAUGGAAGGUCGACGCAUGCGAGAAAAGGGUCGAGAUGGGUUUGCAGAGGGUGGUCGCGUGGGUCUGGGCAUUGCAGCGAAUUAGAGUACCUAUGGAUAGAUAGAUGGGAUCUGGCGCUUGGCCGGCGGAUGGUCAUGACUUGCUUUUGAGUACGUUAUCGCUGGGGAUGGCGCUGCUGCUCGAUACCCAUGGGCUGAGUAUCACACGAGAGCUAUUGCACCGUAUCGCCACAUCUCGUUUCGGUUUUGUGUCUGCUGCUUUAUCAGAUACUAGUUUAGGUAGUCUUCUGUACGGCUUCCUGCCGAAAGAAAAAUGAAAUGAACCUGAA